AUGUCGCAAUCAGCUCGAGGAGAUCCGAUGUAUCCAGCGUACUACUCACAGCCAGACGGGAACGCGAAUGCUCCGUACGAUGCCCAUGUCUUUUCCAACCUCGCCUGGCAGUCGGGUGCACCACUCGCCAUGUACGAAGAAGGACUCUAUGGUGGACCACCAACUUUCGCCGGCAGCAACACAUAUCUGCCAGAGCACGAGGGUGACUCGAAGCUUGCUACGGAAGAUAUCGACGCGUCCCUGCCAUACCCCAACAACUCUGCUGGGCCUUCAACACUUGCACCGAGCAGACUGCGCACAGACGAAAUGAGCACGUCGGCUGGUGCACAAGGCUCGACCUCGUACGGGUUUGCCAUUGGAGCUGCGCUCACGUCGGCACUUGGAAUGUGGAAGCAGUCGAAGCUGGAAGCAUCGCGUUCUAUACCACCCGCGAUGCCACCAAAUUCUAUACAAGCCCGCCAGGGCAGUGAGACACAGUCACUUGGCUACUCACAGCCCAGCACUCGGACACCUCAUCUCGAUAUCAGCGAGUUCCACUUCAACUCUCAGUAUCAAGCACCACUAGGAAGCGACAGGAAGUAUACACAGUCGCCCAGCCUUAACUUACAAGCUACGCAGGCCGAGGCGUUCCAAGGUGAGGCAAACCGCCCGCGUGCGAGCAGGUCCGCAACAUUUCGCGACUCCGCUGAGACCUUCGCUGGCAGUCCACCAGCCCAAGAGUAUCUGCCGACACUUGAAGCAGCCACGAAUGAUGUACCGACGCAGAAGGGACGAGGAGGCCGUCCCGUUGCAGUCGAGCAGCAACGAAGCACCACCGCCAUCCAGUACCAAGCCGGCAGCGGCUUCAGCGACGUCGAUGCGGCACGAGCGUUUCUGGAAAACCAAGCACGCAGUAUGUCUUUGAAGCGCGUUGACGAUUUUGACGCCGUGCGGCCCGGAUUCAACGGCUACGUUCAGAGAGUCUACGCUGCUAUCUCUCAUGCGUCUUCCGAGCCAUAUGCACAUUGGCCGAGCAACCGGCAAAUCCUUUACAGAAAUGGUCAGGAGACGGCUCGAGUCGAGAUAGACAACCAGAUGAGCAGCCCCCUACAGUGCAAAGUGGUUGAGGGUCAAGUCUGGCUGAUUCUGGAUGAUGCUAUCGAGAAGCAUAAGACCUCGAAGGUGCCAGAAGCUGCGUUCUCGAGCAGUCUUAAGCCUGAGGUGAGGUACAUUUGCUCAGAGCGAAUCGAGCUGGUCAUUAAGGCGAUCAGCGAGAACAAGCUCUGCGCUCUAGAUGUAGUGGAGGGCAACUGGAAGGAGCUGGUGUUGGCACCGAAAGCAGUCCUUAGCCGGAAGCUUUCCAACACGGGCAACAACGCCAGGAAGCAGGGUAUGCUCAAGGAAGCGACUCAAGCCAAAUCUGCAAUCGGAGGGGACACGGAUGAUGCGGUCAAUGGUGUGAUAACAGAUGAGGCCAAGGCGGCGCCGAAGGCCAGCCGGAAGAUGGCGUCGAAGGGCUCGAGCGUGGCUCCUCGCAUAUCUCCUUUCCAGGCCGAAUCUACUUCGAUUUCUACACAGCAUGAGUCGACGGAAGCCUCACGAUUUGACGGCCUCGGAGCGGAUGAACCUGAUCUCAAGUCAGAUCUCUUCAUCAACCUCGAUGACCACAAGCACAUCUUCGGCAACACUUUGACCAGCAGAUUCGACGAACACAUGGACCAUGCAGUCGGAUAUCUAGAAGCGCGGGCCACCAAGAAGCGUCAGCAGCCAUUCGAUGAAGACAUGCCCGCCAAGAAGACGAGGAAGGCUCCAGCUCGGCGUGCAACUACGGCGGCAAGCGAUGGCAACGAGCAACCUAGCGUGCCAAAGCGCGCCUCUCGCAGAAGAGUGAAGCAGCCAAAGCCGUCGAACUCUCCUCUCACACCACAACCGAUUCCUGCUGGUCCGGUAGCGCAGUCUAUGCCGCCUCCACGGGUAGCGCAGACUUUCGAGCCAGAUAUCGACUUCGCUCAGCCGGCCCUCCCAAACACUCCAGACUUUGGCAGUGGCGAGGUCGAUCUCUCUGCCUUCGACGGCGGUGCCGAGAUGGACUACGAUCUUCCCGACUUCAGUCUCCAGGAGCUGGUCAAUCUCAACAAUCUCUUCGGCAGUCGAGAAGACUUGAUGCCUCCGCCGAGACGUACCGACAACAACACUGGUUACCUUACCACGCCGACAUUGUUGGGAGCGCUGCCUGAGGAGCCGACCGACGGCGGCCAUGGCCACUAG